UCCAGACGAAGUGACAUCACUCGCGAGGGUUCUUUACUCUUUUUCUCUUCGCGGAGGAGCGAAAAUGGUGGUGGUGCUGGUGACCGGGGCGGGAGGACGAACAGGGCAGCUCGCGUAUGAGAAGCUGCGAGCUCGUGCCGGACAGUUUCGUGCUCGUGGGCUUGUUCGAUCCGAAGCAAGCAAGCAGAAGAUUGAUCAGGAUGGCAGUGGUGAUGUCCGGAUUGGAGAUAUCACCAAGCCGGAGACUCUCCCUCCCGCGUUCGAUGGAGUCGAUUCGCUCGUCAUCCUCACCAGCGCUGUGCCGAAGAUGAAGCCGGGAUUCAAUCCAGCGUCCGGUGGAAGGCCCGAGUUCUACUUCGAAGAGGGAGGCACACCGGAAGAGGUGGAUUGGAUUGGCCAGAAGAAUCAAAUUGAUGCUGCAAAAGAUGCAGGUGUCAAGCACGUCGUGCUCGUCGGCUCCAUGGGUGGAACCAACGAAAAUCACCCCUUGAACUUACUGGGGAAUGGAAAAAUCCUAAUUUGGAAGAGGAAAGCCGAGAAAUAUCUGUCCGAAUCUGGACUGCCGUACACCAUCAUCCGGCCUGGUGGAUUGAUCGAUAAGGAAGGAGGCAAGCGCGAGCUUAUCGUUGGCAAAGACGACGAACUGCUGAACACUAGCACCAAGAGCAUCCCAAGAGAAGAUGUGGCGGAAGUGUGCAUCCAGGCUUUACUGCACGAGGAAGCCAAGAACAAAGCCUUUGAUAUUGCUUCCAAGGCCGAAGAAGAAGGUUCGCCAACUACAGAUUUUAAGAGCUUGUUCUCUGCAGUGACAGCCACCUUUUGAGAGGUUCAUAUUUUUCCUGUUCAUCACUUACUGUUUUCGUGAUUCUACUCGUUCCAGACAACGAAGUAGACAAGCUCCAACCAUGGAUAACAGGCUUGAAUCUAAUGAUC